GGGCAGAGCAAAGAGCCGACCUCGCGUGGCAUUGAUGACAACGCGAACUUACAAAGUUUUCCCACUGCACACAGAACGCUGGUACGGCGUCACGGCAAACUCCAAAACAUCGAUGGUGAAGACCUGAGCACAAGUAGGUCAGGCGCGAUGAACACAUGUGACCAGGCAAACAGCGAUGUCCGGUCCAACCCGGAACGCGAGCAGGGCAGACCCGGUGUCCAAAUGCCAAGCCAGGGCGGACUGGAGAAGCCGACAUGGGGCGCAGUUCGACGUCAAGGGAACGAGCACCACCGGCGGACGGACGCUGGCGGCGAACUGCGGAUGCGACUCGACAGAGAGACACGGCGUAGUGGAGUUGGAUGAGCGCAGGGGCGAGCAGGGAGGAGCGACCGAGCGGAGCUCGCAGCUGCGCGCAGGGAGCAGAGCGCGCGCAGGGGAGCAGGGAGAUCCGGGCACCAUGUGGAGCUCGGCCGAAGGGGCGACCUGGGACUGGGAGACGCCAUGGCGCGGAGCAGGAAGGAGCGCUGGGCAUCGAGCAGGGACGCGCGCGAGAGAUCGAGGCCGAGCAGAGAGAGCAGCCUGGCAGCGCGGCGGCCCGCAUCCGCGGCGAGCAGGCUGGGCACCGAGCACCGGAUCCGAGCCAGGGGCGAGCACCAGAGAUCAGCGGCAACUGGAAGCGGUGGACACGACCUGUAGAGGAGCGCCGGCGAGCUUGAAAAGCCAAGCAGGGCGCGUGGCGACCAGGGAACUCGGGGGAGAGGAGGGAGCUGGAGACUGAGCGAGCAGAGGGAGAAGACGAGGGCAAUGAAGGGAGGGGGCACGCAGACCAGCGAACCAGGGAGGCAGCCAUGGAUGGGAGCAAGGGGCGGCCGACAUCCAUGGUUGGGGACAGAAGGCGAGCUGGGCGAGCUUGACCAAUGACGGGGCUGGUGCUUCGACCAUGGGAGAGAGGUGGGGAGGACGACUGAAAGAGCUAGGGUAGGGAGGGCGUCGUCGAGCAGGAAGAGCUGCCAUGGGAGAAGCUCCUACGCGCAGAGAGGAGGACCGAGCUUGAAGGAGCGCCGGCCAUGGGGGCGAGGGAGGAGCUCGACUGCCUGCAGGUGAGGGCGCGACGGCCAUGAACGAACUGCAGGGAGGAGCUGCGCGCGUGUACCAGGGAGAGCGCGCCAGGCAGAGGGAGCUGGGGAAGAGCCGCGACGCUGGGCGCAGGGAAGAAGCACCGGCGAGCUGGAAAAAUCAAGGGGAGAGAGAGGGAUAG